AUGACCAUCCGUAUGCAGCAAGAGGACAAGCUAAUCAGAACCAAGGAACUUUGCUUUUUAGUGCGUGGUAACCCCUGUCUCCUUGAUCAGGCCUUAAUACCCCCAGUUACUUGGCUCUCAGAGACAUCUUGGAGAGAUGCCGUUUACUUGGCGGCUUGGCUGCCGCGAAGUUUUGCCCAUCUUCCAUCAGAACUGCAGACGAAGGCAGUAGACUGGAGAGCGUGGCUAGCCAGUAAUCAGCCUGAAUUACAAACAGGACCCGGAUCCACUUCUAAUCUUCGCCCAGUGCAGCAACUUUGCUUACUUCGUUGCUUGAGAAUGGACCGCAUUCCAGCUGGUCUUCGACGCUACAUUCAACGUACCAUGGGUAAAGCUUAUGUGAACCCACCUCAGCCAAACCUUAACGACGUAGUCACUUCCACAUCACCUACAGUGCCGAUUAUAUUGAUUGUGAAACCAGGCUGUGAUCCAACCCAAGGAAUCAAUGAUUUGGCAGCCAAAAUGGAAAUGACAGCUAACCGUGUCAAGUAUCUAUCUAUGGGCCAAGGGCAGGAAAUUGUACGUUCUUGUCGAUAG